UGAAAGCACACCCAUAUGGAGACACGAGCUAGACGAAAUAGAAGAAUGCGAUCGCCCGAGGAGGGAGCCCCUACUGGAGCUGGUCCUGGAACGGGAGACAGAGUGAGCGGCCAGCGGCUGGAAGAGGAAGUGGUGCAAGAGCGGCCUUCCAGUCAACGGGCACAGCCCGUACCACGAACGCAGAGCAGAAACGGCAGCAAUAGCAAUCACCAAGGCCAUGCUGCACCUGCCAAUGUUGCUGUGGCUGAUCGACGUCAGUCACUCACGCUAGCAGGCGGCCGACGGCAGCGGAUCAUGUGGACGAAGGAGAUUCGCUGCUAUUUUGUCUGCACGAGGAUGGAGAUGGACAUGUCCGGCAGAUCAGGGAUGCUGGAAAUGUUCAACGAGAGAUUCCCUCGCUUUGCGAACCAGCUUGACUUGAACAAGCUGUACACACGACAGCGUAAUAUGCUCACAGCUGCAGAAGUGGAGUGCAUCAAGCUGGAAGCGCAGAGGGAAUUGGGAGAGGAGAGGACAAGAGCAAGCGAUACGUCGAGAUCGAGUUCUGAUGGGCUGGAUGCAUCGAACGCGAGUGAGAGUCGUGAUUCGACUGCACCCACUGCUCCAGGACCAACAGCGGAUAUACAACGACAGCAACUACGAGACGAACUAGCGCUCAACAUGGCCACAGCAGUCACGCAGUUCCGUGGGACAGAUCCCAUGUCCCGGCACCGAAUACCAAAGCUGCGGAAUUCCUAUCGGUUAACAAGUGCAGUAAGCAUCCUAAACCAGGAUAUUUUGCCACAGUACUUGGAGGCCGUACAGAACCUCGAGGAUCUGCAGUUUACGGUGUAUUCAGCUGCGGUGGCUGUUGUCAAGACGCUGGGAUUACGAACGCGCCCGCAAGGAGACGAUGAAGGUCGCACACGCCCCAGCACACAAAAACCCGCGUGGAUGCGACGUUUGGAGAACCGGAUCGCUACAUUGCGGACCAAGAUUGGUCGAUUAACACAGUACAAGCAGGGGAAUCGAUCAACGAGGCUAGUUCGUUAUGUUGCAGAAAUUGUGAAGCCCGCAGAACUCCAAGAUCUCACAGAAGUCAAUAUUACGGAGAUCCUCGACACCCAUGUACAGCGGUUGAGUGCUCUUGCGAAACGAUUGCGGCGUUAUGGAGAAUGUUCGAAGCGGAAGGAACAAAACCGGAUGUUCAACAUUAACGAAAGAGAGUUCUACAACUGCAUCCGAAACGACAAGCCUGACUAUGGAGAAGGCCUUCCGGAGAUUGGCGAAGUCACACAGUUCUGGGCCAAUCUAUGGGAGAACCCUGUCCAGCACAGCGACGAUGGGAUGUGGUUGGCAGAAGAAGAGCGACAGUGUAAUGGAGUUGGAGACAUGACCGCGGUCGUAGUAACCGCUCAGGAUGUACAGGCUACCCGGUAUACCAGAAAUUGGGCUGCACCAGGACCCGAUUUCGUGCACAAUUUUUGGUAUAAAAAGUUCACGACGAUCCACGGGCGGAUGGCGGAAUGCUUCAACAUGGUGCUAGAAGACCCCACGCAGCUACCAGAGUUCAUUACCAGGGGUAUCACUUAUCUUCUGCCGAAGGACCAAAACACAGCUGACCCAGCAAAGUACAGACCAAUAAGGUGUCUUUCGAGUCUGUACAAAGUGCUGUCGUCGGUGAUAGCGAGGAGGAUACAAACCCACUGCGAUGCCAACAACGUGAUGACCGAAGAACAAAAAGGGUGUCGCAAAAACACGCAAGGGCAAGGCUGCAAAGAUCAGGUCAUUAUAGAUGCAGUCAUUGUGGGUCAAGCCACCGAUAAGCAGAGGAACCUGAGCAUGGCGUACAUCGACUACAAGAAGGCGUACGACUCAGUGCCGCACUCGUACCUUCUUAAGGUGCUGCAGUUGUACAAGGUAGACGGGAACGUCAUCAGGCUGAUGCAACACGCGAUGGGGAUGUGGAGCACGUCCCUACAAAUCAACGACGGAACAGCUGUGUGGCGGCCCAGAACUCUCAGCAUCAGGAGGGGGAUAUUUCAAGGCGAUACCUUCAGUCCGCUAUGGUUCUGCCUUGCAAUGAACCCCCUCAGCAGAGCACUCAAACAAUGCAACUAUGGCUACCAACUGAAAAGUGGGGGAAGGAGUACAAGAAUAACCCACACCGUCUUUAUGGACGACCUGAAGCUGUUUGCGGAAUCAGUACAGAGGCUGCAUCAACUGUUGCAGCUUGUGACGGUGCUCAGCAACGACAUCCGGAUGGAGUUUGGAAUUGCCAAAUGUCGGUCAGUCCGUCUUCGCCGGGGUCAAGUAGUGGACGCCAGCUGUUUCCGCGUCAACGAACAGGAGGAGAUUCGGAAUAUGGUUGAAGGCGAAGUGUACAAGUACCUCGGCUUCCUGCAACUUAGAGGUAUUCGCCACACAGCGAUCAAGAAGGAACUGCAGGACAAGUUCAUGCAUCGUGUCAACUGUGUUCUGAGGAGCUUUCUGUCAGCCGGCAACAAGGUGAAGGCGAUCAACACGUUUGCUGUGCCCCUGUUGACCUACAGCUUUGGGAUGGUAAAGUGGACAGUACGAGUGGCGUUCACCAAGCACCGCAUGCGCCAUCCAAAGUCGUCCAUUGAGAGAGUCACCCUGUCACGCGCAGUAGGAGGAAGAGGCGUCACCGAUAUCCAGGCACUAUGUGUCUCCCAGAUCCAGCAGCUGCGAGCAUAUUUCGUAAAAAGCCAGAACCGUCACGAAAUGUACCGCACUGUAUGUGAAGCUGACCACGGUUACAGCGCCCUGCAUCUGGCGCAGGAGGAUUAUCAGCUGAACUGCGACAUCAAGACCGUCGACGAGAUGAUCGUAACGUGGAAGCAAAAGGAGUUGCAUGGGACGCACCCCCAUCAACUGGAACUCGAGCACAUCGAUAAGGCGGCGUCAAACGCGUGGCUGGUGCGGGGUGACCUGUUCUCAGAAACAGAAGGUUUCAUGGUAGCCAUCCAGGACCGGGUAAUUGCGACGAAGAACUAUCGGCGGUACAUAUUGUACGAAGACGUGGAGGACCACUGCAGGAAGUGCAAUUCAGUAGGAGAAACGAUCGAGCAUGUCGUUGCAGGCUGUUCAGUGUUAGCUGGAUCUGCCUACCUCGAUCGUCACAACGAAGUUGCCAAGAUUGUGCACCAACAGCUUGCUUUAAAGCACAACUUGGUCGACAGAUUUGUACCCUACUACAAGUACCAGCCGGACCCGGUUCUGGAAAAUAGUUGCAUAAAGCUGUACUGGGAUCGCGAGAUCAUUACGGACGUCCUCAUUCGUGCCAACCGGCCCGACAUUGUGGUUUACGACAAAAGGAUGAAGCGGGUAACCCUCAUCCACAUCGCUGUACCGUUAGACCAUAAUGUCCAAUCAACGUUCUCCGGCAAGAUAUCCAAGUACCACGACCUAGCGGAGGAGUUGAAGCAGAUGUGGCACCUGGAGGACGGCCGUAUAGUUCCGGUUGUCCUUUCGGCAACCGGAGUUGUCCCUAAAUCUCUCCUAAGGUCCGCAGACGAGCUGGAAUUGAAGAAGGACCUGAACAGCAUCCUGAAAGCGGUGAUUCUUGGAAGCUGUAGUACAGUUAGGCGGUUCCUGAAUCACCACAACUGACAUCCGAAGCAGACUCAUUAGGAUAAGCUUAACAAACCGGCUAAUGAGAUCCACAGAGCCUAAUCCCCUUUGGCAUUCCGAUUGCCCGGGGUAGGUGAAAGUUUCCAGC